UUAAAUGAUUGGGGAGUAAAAUAUUCCAAAUUGCGAACUAAAGAAGGUUAUAUGCUUGGUUCUUUAAUGUCGAAAGUAGUAGCUAAUGCACACGACAAUUCAUGUGUAAUGUAUGAACUUGAAACCAAUAUUGCUAGACCAAAAGAUCCAGAAAAGUAUGAAUUGCGAAAAUAUUUUGGUUGUGUACAAUUUUAUUUUUAUUACGUGUUUCAAGGAAAAUAUCAAUUACUUGCAUAUAUUCACAAUGUAAAAAAUGUGCGAAAAGGAUUAUAUAACUUAUAUAAUUUUGAAGAAUUUGGUGAGUAUGAGUUUGUAGAUGUAUCAACAAUACGAAGAUGU